AGUAAAAAUGAAUCGGAGAGAGUGAUAGUCAACCCCCUCGUUUCCAAUGCACCAUUAUUUUAGUAGGCUUCCAGAUCCAUAAAUAGUAUGGCAGCCCGCAUUUACUUUCAUCGGUCACCAUCCCCCUCUUCCCCUUUUCAUUUGCAUAUAACUACUGCUCUAUAAAUAUACACAUGAUAUGCUAUCACAUUUCAUAAAAAAUAAAAGUAGCUGUACUCUUAUCGUGAUCAAGAAAGAGAGAAAAGAUGGAAGGUAUCGAGCACAGAACAUUGAAUGUUAAUCGCAUCAACAUGCAUGUAGCUGAAAAAGGCAAAGGCCCCGUGGUUCUCUUCCUCCACGGCUUCCCCGAGCUCUGGUAUACGUGGCGCCACCAAAUUGUAGCCUUGGCUGACUUAGGCUACCGUGCGGUGGCGCCCGAUUUACGGGGCUACGGGGACACUGAUGCCCCCGUGGAUGUUGCAAGCUAUACGUAUUUUCACGUAGUGGGGGAUUUGGUAGCACUUAUUGAGUCUUUAGGAGUGGAGAGUGUGUUCUUAGUGGCGCAUGAUUGGGGUGCUAUGAUUGGUUGGUAUUUGUGUUUGUUUAGGCCUGAUUUGGUGAAGGCUUACGUUUGUCUUUCUGUGGCUUUUAGGCCAAGGCAUCCUAAGAUGAAGCCUAUUCCUACCAUGAGAGCUGUCUUUGGAGAUGAUUACUAUAUGUGCAGAUUCCAGGACCCAGGCAUGGAAGAUGAGAUAGCCAAGUAUGGCAGUGAAGCGGUAUUGAAGAAGAUAAUGGCAGAUAGGAAACCAGGACCAGCUUCCUUGCCCAAGGAGAACCCCUUUGCUAUAUCUGCUGAUGCUAAGCUGCCUCUAUGGCUUUCGCAAGAUGACCUCAAAUACUAUUCUACCAAAUUUGACCAAACGGGCUUCACUGGAGGACUAAACUACUAUCGCGCACUCGACUUGAACUGGGAGCUGACUGCUCCGUGGACGGGAGUAAAAGUGAUGGUGCCUGUGAAAUUCGUGGUUGGUGAUUUGGACCUGGUGUAUACAACACCAGGAAUGAGAGAGUAUGUGCAUGGAGGAGGUUUCAAGAAGGAUGUGCCAAUGCUGGAUGAUGUUGUUGUGCUGAAGGGAGCUGCCCAUUUCAUUAAUCAAGAAAGAGCUCAAGAGACUACUUCUCAUAUUCAUGACUUCAUUCAGAAGUUCUAAUCUAAAUAUUACUCCUUGGUGACUGAACUUAUGUUCUAAUGCUGUUUCUCUCUUCUGGUUACACAGCUGAGCACUGUGUUGGUUUUGUAUGGGAAAAAUUAAAUAUGAAGUUUUAUAUAUAAGUGCUCUCAGUUCUUAUUCACUGUAA